UCAACGCAACGGCUAGCUGGAAGAUUUUUAACCGAGCAGGAUGUCGUGCCGUGCUGUACCUGUGAUCUGUGUUGCGCUCUGUGGUGUUGCCCUCGUCCUAGGGGAUUACCAGCUUCCUGCGAGCGUGAAAACAUGCAAGAAGGACUCCGAUGAUUUUUCGUCGUGCUUGAGACUCGCCAUUCAGGAAUCAUGGCCCGCGUUUGUACAAGGAAUGCCCGACUUCGACUUGCCAGCUUUAGAUCCUUAUUAUACCGAUGUUUAUACCAAUGAAUACGAAAGUGGUCAACUGCGUGGAAAAAUGAGCGCCAGCGAUGUCCGAACGUACGGUCUUGCCAAAUCUCGUUUUCUGUCCGUGAAACCAGAAAUGUCGAACGAUUUCUUCCGAUUGGAAAUUGAUGUCGAAAUACCAAAGAUUUUGAUCGACGGCGACUACAAAGCGGAAGGAUCCUUGGGCGCCUUCAAAAUCGGCGGAAAAGGAUUCUUCAACAUCAGCAUGGACGAUGUCAGGUGCACAUGGGAUAUCUCAGGACACGUAGUCGACGAUAGAUGGGUUAUCGAACACUUUAAACUAGUACCUGUGAUUGGAGGCUUGAAAGUCUGGUUCAGCGACUUGUUUAAUGGAAACGAUGAAAUGAAUCGUGCCGCCAUGCUUUUCAUUAACGAGUAUUGGCCAGUGGUGUACCGUGGCAUGCUGCCAAAGAUGAUGAAAAGUUGGGACGUGUAUCUCACCGAAACAACCAAUCGUUUCUUCUCGAAGAUACCUUUUUCGUCGAUUUUUCCCUGAAACACGCUAAAUCAAUGGUAAAUCAUUAGAAGUGAAUCGAAGAGAGAACGGAAAGAUGUUCGAUUGUUUUUGGACAAGUUAAAACAUUUGGAGCGAAGCUAUGGAUAUGAAUAAGUACGAUUCGAUGGAUAUGUUAAUGUUCUAUAGCGUAAACAAUAUUAGUGACACUUGAAGGUAUUUUUGCAUUUAAAUCGUGUGGUCGUCGAGCACACUGCAAUGACAAGCGCUAGCUGCAAGACAGCACUUGCAUGUAUCGUCAACUAUGAUUGUUAUUGGAUGGAAUGUCAGCGAUGUAAAUAAACCAAAUACCAAAUA